CCUUAACCAUGGGAACUCAAGCCUUCCAUUUAAUGAUCAAUCAGUUCUAUCGUGCAUUUACAAGAAAAAUAUAUCAUUUGCAUUUACGAUUGUUAUAUCUUAUUCACUAUACCAGGAAAAUUUCUAUUUUUAUUUUUGGUAGGCAACGCCAACAUUAGUAAUAGAACUAGCACACGAGAGAACAAAGGAGAGAUUUGCAUAGUUAUUCUCCUGCUCACUAACACUGGGCUCAGAUACAACAACAAGAGUGAUUUGGCACGCCGCUUUGAUAAUGGACGGCGAGGGAUGGUGAAUAUCAUACCUUGUCUUAUGCAUCCCACUGCUCGUUCUACUUUGGUUUUUCAGCUUUUUCUUUGUAAGGGAGUCUCUGUUGUGGUAAGUUGAGCAUCAAAGAGAGAAAGAGGCAAAAGAAACAAUAUGCCAAAUUCGAGACACAUUGGACGUCGAUUACGAGUUCAACGACAUGAAGUAGUUGGUGGAGUGGAAGCGAGAGAAGAAUCCUUGGAGGAGGUGUUUAACUGCACCAAUCGUCCAGCUUUGGUCAUCAACACUGUCUUCUCGACCUUCUCAUCUUUGCUCGGAAAUGGUGUGUUUGUUAGCUAUGGUUCAUUGCUUCUCCAAUCCUCCGGACUCAUGCUUCCAAAUGACUCUUACAUAGUGACCUUUGUUGUCUCCUUCGCCAUUUUGGUCGUCACAUCCAUCCAACCGUUAAUCCUUUCGAGGCUCGAAUGAAGGGUGCCAUUUCUCUUGGCAUGUUUGGUCAUGAUGUCCUCAAUGGUAUGUUUUCGUGUCUAUACUUCUCAAUAUGUAUGCACGUAAUAACGUUACAGAUAAGAAGAACAAGCUAAGUAAUCCUAUUUUUUGGCGUGAAUACAGAUUUCAGCAUGGAGCAUUUUUGGGAUGGAUGCCACAGACUAUGCGUACCUAGAAGACUACUAAGUCCCUUUAAUUGCCAAUGUUUUCAAAAUGUAUCUAUUAUUUCAAGUACUCCUCUUCGGCCGACUGGAUCACUCAAGGUUUCAUUUCCUCAGAGCACAGAGGAUGUGGGAACAACGUUGGGGAUCUGGAUAUCACUAUCCUUUACUUAUGUUGCCCUGAGCUUCUCCAAGCUAGUACAUAUACAUUGAAUUGCAUAUACUGAAAUGAUAGAAUCAUUUGAAAGUAGAUCGAAUAUAGGUUUCUGAUAGAAAUGAAAGAGGGUAUCCAUUAAAAAAAAGGUUAAAUACACUUGUAUAUCCAAAACUUUCACGGUUGUGCCAAUAAUAUCCAAAUUUCCCAAAAUACCACUUAUAUCCAAUUCCUUCACAUUCUUUAACGGUGUUUUUGGAUAUACAAGUGUAUUUAACCAAUAAUAUAUUUGAAAAUGGAUAGAUUUGGCAAGAACAACUUUAAAACAUGGAUAUAAGUGGUAUUCCAGGAAAUUUGAAUAUUAUUGGCACAACCGUGAAAGUUUUGGAUAUACAAGUGUAUUAAACCUAAAAAAAAAGCUUUUUGAGGACUUGAAUAUAUGAUCCAAGGAAUUCAUUUCUUCUAUUCCUUCAUUAUCUUUUCUUUAUUACGCUUACCAAAUCACCAAACUACCGUCAAUAGUUAAUAAGGAUGAAUCCCCUAGGACUCUUUAAAUUCUAAUAAAAGAUUGAGAUUGUUCUGAUAAAUCAUCACAAUAUAACAACAUAUUGCUUGCCCAUGAAAUGGUUAGGAUGUAUAAUGAGAAGCAUGUCCCCAACGCACUUUAAAGAUGCAUAUAAUAAAGACUUUUGAUAGCGAUUAUGGAGAUUUCUUGAAAAUUUGAUGCAAACUAUGGGUUCCCUUGUCCAAUUCAUUAGAUAAAUUAAGAAUUUUCUUCUAAGCAUGAUUAAAUUUCCAUUUCAAUGCAAUUUUUUUUUGAAGCUAAGGGGAUCCUCUUACCUUGCUAAGUUGUUAGAUGUUCAAAAUGGCAUGUUCUUAAUUCACAACUCUGGACUUCAUAAGGUGACUCUUGAAGGGAGUUUUGAAUUGUCCUCAAAUAGAGGCUACUCUAGACAUAUAAUUAGGGUUUUGUACAAUCCAUAGGAAUGUCAAUUGCGCUCCCAAUAAUGCGCGAAGAAGGAAAAAGACAAAAAACCUACUUAUCAAAACAUUUGUUGGUUUGUUCUAUGGCAACACGCAUAUAAAUCAGGUACAUGGUAAUGACAGACAUACUCCUGGAGUAAAUUAUACUCCAAGUGAUCUAAUCAUUGGAUGUACAUUUGUUGAUUUCCCAUGACAUCACUUAAGAAGAGGAAAUAACAACUAGAUACAAACAUUAUACUACAUGUUUGCACACAAUCAAGAACCGAAGUGAAAACCCUAUAAUAAGUAGGGCGACAAAAAAAUGACUAGCCACCAAAUGAGUCAUCUCCUUACAAUCUCUACCAAAGAAGGAAAGGAAAAAAAGAAGAAGACAACAUGCUAGCAAUUUCUUAUAGGAUUUCUCUGCCUUUUGCAUCCAAAGCAUCAUGAGGUAACAUUUAUCAAUGAUUUCUUUCGUAUCCCCGCAAAAUAUCAAAUGGGAUAAGCCCCUGUAGUAGUGUAGUUGCACCUCGAUAUGACAUUCCAUAAUGCAAGAUUUUCCACCAAUAUUGAAUCGGUUAUGUGAGGGUAAUGUACCUCUGAUGCUGUUAGCAUCCAUCGAAGACAAUUGUUGCCAAGGAUAAAGCCUGAAUCUCCAUGACUUAGUUGUGAUUGCAGGCUUGAUAACUUGCAAAGCUUAUAAGCAGAGGGAAUCAAAGAACAUGUACUCCAGGGACUCUCCCUCUGUAGCAAAUAAGCAUGUUGGACAAAAUUCUGGAAUAAAUAACCCUUGAGUGAGAAUAGCUUCAAUAACGGGUAAGAUUUUGUUAAAUAGUUGACAUAAGAAGAAUUCUAGAUUAUGAUCUAGCUUUAGACUCUAUAUACACUGAUCCGAGCCAUUCUAUGCAUAAUUUCACCCCUUUGAUUUUGUCGUUUGACUUGUAUAGCACCGUUCUUAGAGUCAGUUUAUGCUAGGUUUUGAAGUGGUUUUGUAUGUUUCUUGCUAUAGCAGGUGAAAUGGGCAAAAAGAUCGAAAGUUGGACAAAAGGGAGCACAAAUGGGACAAAGAGCUGGAAAUUGCAUGGAUCACAGUUCAUGGCAGAUUAUCACGGGCAGGAGACUGUGAAGAUUAAAAAAAACCAUGAAGAAUGCGAAGUCCCAAGGGAUUUUGGAUGUCUCGCGACAGUGCAUGGAUCACGGGCGCAGGGCAUGAAGAAUACAAUUAAACCAUGAAGUGUGCAAGUGAAACAAUGUGUCUUGCGUUGAGAUCACGAUUUCCUGCACACAUCAUGGGCAUGACGGCAGAUCGUGAAACGUGCACUGUCGGGUAUAAAAAGAGAAAGAGAUAAGUUUUCAAGAGCAUAAGGUUUCUUGGUGCACUUCUGGGUCAUUGCCCGAGGGAGUGAAUUUGCCUAUUUUCCUAAUCCGGUAGUUCGGUACGCCUCUUCGAUUAGUGCACUUAAGAGGGUUAAGACAACUCAAAUAGGGACUCCUAACUUGAUUUGAUCUCCUAUAUAAUAUGCAAAUCACACUAGAGUAUCAGGUUAUCGACUCAACAAGGGACUAGGGGAUAAUCCUCCGAGUGAAUCUUUAUCACUUGAAUUAAACCUCAUUUUAUUUGCUUGUUUGUUUAGUUCAAUUGCUUAAAACAAUAAUUCUACCGCUAGAUAAUUUGUAGUUUGCUGAAGUAAGGAUAAAUAAAACACUAGGGUUUGA